AUGACAGAGAAGAGAGUGGGAAAUAAAAAAGCUCAAAGUCGUUUAAAAGGUGAGAUGACUGAGAGCUCCGAUAGGCAGGCGAAGCUUCCAGAAGCUCUUCCACAUAUUCAUAUGGACGUGCCGCUACCACCAAAUUUUCAAAUGAGGCAGAAUCCACUGCAGGUGUCAGUGGUAGUCAGAUAUGACCCAACCAUACUACCAAUCCAAAUCCCGCCGCCAACGUCACCGCCUCAACCAUCGGCGACAUCGUCGAUUUCUACGUCCUCAUCGUCAUUGCCAUCGCCGCCACUACCACCACAGCAUUCGCCAUUGCAGCCACCGCUACCACAGCGUAGGCCGCUGGCAUCACCGCCGCAGGUUUCAUUAGCAUUGCCCUCGACAUCCUAUUCACGUCAUACUCCACCGAUGCCGUGUAAACAAGUCUCCUUGUCAUCCCGUCCUCCAACUAGCUCACCCACCUUAUCGUCACAACAAACUCCGCAGGUCCAGCGUGCACAAAUCUCCUUGGCGUCCCGUCCUCCACCCUACUCACCUACCUUAUCGCAUAAGAAUGCAUUCCAUGCGAGGCCUCGUGCGCUUGAUGAACGUUAUCGGACACCCUCAAAUGGAACACAUUAG